AUGCAGACGCUGAGUGACGCCCUCUUGCUCAACAACAACCCUCCUCCGCCGCCACCUGCCGGGAAUCGAGAUAUGGGACGCUUAGUUUCGGGGCAUAGGCCGCCCGUCUUUGCUGGAGAAGAAGACCCUGUGCUGCUCGAAGAAUGGAUCAGGUCCCUGGAUAAGAUCUUUGCGGUUGUGGGUUGCCUAGAAGAUCGCCGCGUCGAGUUGGCUUCGUUCUACUUUAGCCACGAGGCCGACCUUUGGUGGGUGCACGAAGGCCCAGCGUGCCAAGGGGAGCCUGGAUUCGGCUGGUCAGCCUUGAAGGACAAGUUAAGAGAGAGGUUCUACCCAUCCCACGUGAGAUCGGCCAUGUACGAAGAGUUCUUGCAUCUUCAACAAGGGUCGUCAUUUGUGGUGGAAUACCACAAGCGCUUCCUCGAGCUAGCCCGCUUUGCACGGAUGUUGGUUCCCACCGAGCUGGCAAAGGUGGAGAAGUUUGUGGCGGGACUCAACUACGAAGUCCGGAAAGCUUUGACGGUUACCAAGCCUAGGACGCUGAAUGAGGCCUACCUGAGCGCAGCAGACCUAUAUCGAUUGCAACAACUUCAAAGGGGAUCUUUUGAGUUCACCAAGAAGAGAAUCGAAGGAAGUGGAUCUCACAGUUUCAAGAGGCCAAGGCAAGACUUCAGAGCCAGACCCGCACCUCUUCAGCCUCAAGGAUCGACUCGGGCCGAUAGUGGGGAAAAAGAGAGGCCUUUUGGAUGUAAGAGAUGUGGGAAGGACCACAUUGGGAAGGAUUGCCAAGGGAACGCGCUUCAGUGCUAUAAGUGUGGGGAAAGGGGCCACAAAGCUUUUGAGUGCUAUCACCAAUUCAACCAGAGAACCUUGCCACCUAGCACGAGAUCCUGUGGACCUUUGCGAGGUAGUUCUGGUCGAGGUAUGGCAGGGACAAAGCCUUCCGGCAGGGUGUUCAUGAUGAGCCGGUCACAGGCCGAGACCGAGGGUUUAGUGGAGGAGGAGCCUGCAGGUAACCUUCUUGAGCCUACCUUUUAA